UUCUUUUAAUGAAAGACUUAGUACUUUGGCACUAAUUAAAUUUUAAAUCAGAAAAACUAAUUCCAAAACGAAUUUUAGUCAAACGCAGUAAGUGGCAUAUGAUUAAAUAAUUCCACAAGGUGUCUCUUUGCUCACUAUAGUAUAAUACUGAUACGAAAAAGUGAAUAUGGCUAACGUGAACCGUAAAUCUGAAGAUGAAUUUGGGGAAAAAUGGGAAAACUGUCUUGCUGAUACAUUUAUCAAAAUGGGUGCUGGUCUUGGUGUAGGGAUCAUAUUUUCAGUAUUCAUGUUCAAGCGGAAAACAUGGCCUUUAGCAUUUGGAGUAGGAACUGGUGUAGGUAUGGGAAUGUCCAAUUGUCAACACUCUCUUAAUGAGCCUUUCUUUGCUAGAGUCCAAAAACUAAAGAUGUGAUCCAAUGCGUGGUUCAUCACGUUUUACUUAUAGAUCAAGUAUUUCUUCGAACUGGUGUGUUUUCGUCAAACUCUGCUUUAUUUCCACAACCACGUCACAUUGCAACACGUCAAGCCUUCCACUUCUUCAUAGCGACUUCCUGUUCACAGCUUUUCUCGGAUGCUUUGCAGCGACGUUUUCACACUUUAAUCAUAAUCAACUGCUUAAGAAACCACUUGUGAAUAACUUCUGAUUACUAAUGAGCCUUAACUCGCUUAACUAAAUCUAAGCCACUCGUUCAACCACCUACGUCAUUCGUGUAAAUUUAAACCACAAUUCCGCGGUUUAAACCGAAAUUCCUGCAAAUCUUAUGAAAGUAUGGAAUACAUUUCUAAAGUUUUCAUAGCUUCUUUCAAUGUUCUGUAGGACGCUUGAUGUUUCACUUUCACAAGUAAGACAUUUACAUUAUUUGAAUCGAAAAAUCCAUAUAAUUUCAAACAUUACAAUGUCAAUUUCGUGGCAAUCAACAUGGAUGGAAAACAGAUUCCCACUCGACCAUUACAGCUAGAUUUUGAUGCUGAACUAUAUGUACGGAACAUUAUUUAGUGGAAAAGGAAAACAAUUUCAAGAUCAAGGAAAUGAUAUAGGUUAUGACGAAUACUGGGGAGGACAUACAGUCUUGAUCUUUCACCGGAUCUGUGCUGGAGAUUUUCACUUUAACUUAGUGAAGCAAGAAAAUUUCCUAAUUGAAAUACAUUUCGGUACUGUCUUACCCAACACUAUAAAUGUUCUAGCAUAUGCAGAAUGUUGGUCAAUUUUCGGAAUUGAUCAGUCUUGAAACAUCAUAACUGAUAUCUAAGAAGCUAUGAACACAACAGAAAUUUUCGAUACUCUUGCAAGAUUUGCGUAUGCAAAAAAGUUUGGAGGUGUAUUUGCUAGUGGUCAAGUACCUGACCAUGGAGAAAAACAAUUAUACAUCAUCAACCUGAACCUGAGUCAUAAACCCAGUAGCCACUGGGUCUGUAUUUAUUUUGAUCCGUUAUGACUACGUCCAAAUAAUCUGAACUCAAGGAAAUUCAUCAAGAAGAACUGUCGAACUUGUAUUUACAGUCAGAAAAUACUGCAAGGACCAUAUUCAUCUGUGUGUGGACAGAAUUGUAUAUAUCAUGCUUAUUAUCGUUUUCGAAAUGAAAACUACUAACUAAAUUUGAAUUUUACAAAGAUGCUAAUGAUUGUUCAUGAUUUUGUUGUAAAACGUUUUCAUGUAAAUAUGUCCUUAAUAGAUGUGCCUUUUUAUGUAGAUCAGAUUGCAAAAUCUUUAUUGUGAGA